AUCGCUCGCCCCCUCGCUUUCCCUCUUCUCCUCCCAACCUCGUCACCCCUUAUCGCCUCCCCUCAAGCCCAGAAACCCGAGAGGCACCUUCUUCCCUCCCCAAGUCUUCUGGGGGGCGGGGGUGUGAAAGCUGGUGUGUAAGGGAGUAGCGAGUGUGGUCUGAGAAAGAAGGCGUGGAGAGGAGUGGGAGAGGACAGGGAGGGAGGGGAGCGAGAGCGAGGGAAUAAAUAUAUAAAUAAAUUCGAAAAAGAAAUCCACUCCGCAGCCUCUCGGCUCAGAAACUUUGGCCCGGAGCGCGAGAGCGCAUCGCUCGCCAGUCCGAGCCUGGGGGCCCUGACUCCGGCCGCGUCCCCCCCAGCCCCGCUCCGCGGCGCGGCCUCGUCUCCCGCUCCUGCCCGGCGCAUCCGCCCGCACAACUUCUGGCCCAGCGGAGCGGGCAGAGGAGGCCUUGGGGUUGGUGUGUUUGUUUGUUUGAACUUCGUUGUCGCCACCUUCCCUCCCCCCCACCCCCCCCAACCUCCGCCCCUACCUCACCCCCCUCCCCAGCUUCUGGACGCGAGCGACCGCAGCCGGGGGUGGGGGGAUGGGGGUAGGGAGUGUUUGCGGAGGGGAGGGGGAAGAGGUUUAAAAAAAAAAGAAGGAAAGAAAGAGAUCGCAGCAGGGGUAAAGGGAGCGGACGGGAAGCGAUUUUCGCCGACUCUGGAUUCGUCCCCGGCGUGCGCAAGAAUGGCGGCCCUUCCCGGCACUGUACCGAGGAUGAUGCGGCCGGCUCCCGGGCAGAACUAUCCCCGCACGGGAUUUCCUCUGGAAGUGUCCACCCCACUUGGCCAAGGCCGGGUCAAUCAGCUUGGUGGGGUCUUCAUCAACGGGCGACCCCUUCCUAACCACAUCCGCCACAAGAUAGUAGAGAUGGCCCACCAUGGUAUCCGGCCCUGUGUCAUCUCCCGCCAGCUGCGCGUCUCCCAUGGCUGCGUGUCCAAGAUUCUCUGCCGCUACCAGGAGACCGGGUCCAUCCGGCCUGGCGCCAUUGGCGGCAGCAAACCCAGACAGGUGGCGACUCCGGAUGUGGAGAAAAAGAUAGAGGAGUACAAGAGGGAAAACCCAGGCAUGUUCAGCUGGGAGAUCCGAGACCGGCUGCUGAAGGAUGGGCACUGUGACCGCAGCACCGUGCCCUCAGGUUUAGUGAGUUCAAUUAGCCGCGUGCUCAGAAUCAAGUUCGGGAAGAAGGAGGAGGACGACGAAGCGGACAAGAAGGAGGACGACGGCGAGAAGAAAGCCAAGCACAGCAUCGACGGCAUCUUGGGCGACAAAGGCAACCGUCUGGAUGAGGGCUCGGACGUGGAGUCAGAACCCGACCUCCCUCUGAAACGUAAGCAGCGCCGCAGUCGGACCACGUUCACAGCCGAACAGCUGGAGGAGCUGGAGAAGGCCUUCGAGAGGACUCACUACCCGGACAUCUACACCCGGGAGGAACUGGCGCAGAGGACCAAGCUGACGGAGGCACGAGUGCAGGUCUGGUUCAGUAACCGCCGUGCCCGCUGGCGUAAACAGGCAGGAGCCAACCAGCUGGCAGCAUUCAACCACCUUCUGCCAGGCGGCUUCCCGCCCACCGGCAUGCCCACGCUGCCCCCCUACCAGCUGCCAGACUCCACCUACCCCACCACCACCAUCUCCCAAGAUGGAGGCAGCACCGUGCACCGGCCCCAGCCCCUCCCGCCGUCCACCAUGCACCAGGGGGGCCUGGCUGCGGCCGCUGCAGCUGCAGACACCAGCUCUGCUUACGGAGCUCGCCACAGCUUCUCCAGCUACUCCGAGAGCUUCAUGAACCCGGCAGCGCCCUCCAACCACAUGAACCCUGUCAGCAAUGGCCUGUCUCCUCAGGUGAUGAGCAUUCUGAGCAACCCCAGUGCAGUGCCACCGCAGCCCCAGGCCGACUUCUCCAUCUCUCCGCUGCACGGCGGCCUGGACUCUGCCACCUCCAUCUCGGCCAGCUGCAGCCAGCGGGCCGACUCCAUCAAGCCGGGAGACAGCCUGCCCACCUCCCAGUCCUACUGCCCGCCCACCUACAGCACCACCGGCUACAGCGUGGACCCCGUGGCUGGCUACCAGUACGGCCAGUACGGCCAGACUGCUGUUGAUUACCUGGCCAAAAACGUGAGCCUCUCCACACAGCGUCGCAUGAAGCUCGGGGAACACUCGGCUGUGCUGGGCCUCCUGCCCGUGGAAACUGGCCAGGCCUACUAGGGCCCCUGGGGCGACUCGCCCCAGCCCAAGUCCCAGCCUCACCCUUACUGAUCCCUGAGCCUCCCAGCCGCCGUCCCUUCAUUGCCCUGCGGUCCCAGGAGGCCAGGAAAGGAGCCCAUUCCCUUCUCGUGGCCAGCGCUCUGGAGACGAGCAGCCUGUCCACCAUUUGCCUGUGAUUAGGGACCUGGAGUGACCCCCUUGGAGUCUGCCCCCUCACUGUCCCCCCAGGAGGGUCUCUGGUCAGCCUGCAGUCUUCCCCCAGCCAAAUCCUGUCGUGGCCUCUGUGCCAUUUCAGGCACAGAGAUCAAAGCUCACCCUGAAUAGAGUACCUUGAGCACCCAAAGGAGGAUGGUGUUCGGGAUGACGUCCUGGAGCCCUUUGGACCCAGCUCCAGUUGGUCCCCCGGCCAGAGGAGGAGGUGGAGCUCACAGGGCUGCUCUUGGCUGGGAGUGCUGGGAGCCGGCCCUCCCGGGUGGGUCUCCAGCUCAGGGCCAGAACCACAGCCAUUCUUCCUCUGAACACUGGGACUUCAGCAGAAGGGGGGACCCUAGCCCUGGGGCAUUUCCAGGGAAUCACCCAGGAAUUCUGAGGACUUCAGGACCCUCUCCAUGCACCUCUUCUGGGUUGGGGGGGCAUCUAGCCCAGGCAGGGGGACUGGGACCACCAGGGACAGGCUUAGCCAGGGGGUGGGGCCAUGUGGGUGGGGCUUGUCAGCAGUGGGCCAGCCCAGGGUACCAGGACCCAAGCCAGGCAUCUGGAAGCAGCUUUGGGCUCUUAGACUGAAGCCCCUGUUCCAACUUUGCCCACCCCACUUAGGGCCUGGGGAGCCCACAGAACCUCCAGUUUUCUCAUUCAUUGAAUCGGAUGGCAGGGGGAAGGGAUCAAGUCUUGAGGACGCAUAAGUGAAGAGGCAGGCUCGGAAGGGGUUUCUGUAACUGGGGUCCCUCUGCUUGUGGGCGGCAAACCUUUGUUGCCAAAGGCGUCGGCUCUAUGCCUCCAAGUCCACAGCCCGUGGAGCUUCGAUUUCUCACAGAACCUCCUUCAGAGACCCAGGCCUAUCCCCUGCAUGCCCUACCCUCUAGGAAUGGGGCCUCCAUCUGUCCGGGAGUCCCUUUAAGCUGCUGGGGGUGCAGAGAGCUUCCCUUGGAGCUCUGGAGGAGGGUUCUUGGAUCAUCAGGGACUGCUUGCCCCACAGACAAGACCACAGAUUCUCCUUGGCAUUUGGGGGGGGGCAUGUCCCUGUCCCACCCAGAGGUGCAUCUUUCAGUGUUGACACAUUCUCAGCCAAGAUGCCUCUGUCUUCUGAUCCAGCACAGCUGGGUGCAGAGAUGUGGCCAAACUUUGAACCACCACCCCUGGGCAGAGGGAGACACCAAAGGUUCUGGAGAAAGGGGCAAAGUCACCUUCCUUGGCCACUCCAGUUGCUCUCCCAAGCUCCCCUCUCUUUACAAGUUGAGACCUUUGGGGAAUGGUUCCAGCCCCUGACUGCAGCCUCCCUGGAACUUUUCACCACCUUCACCUGUUGAGCAAAAUUAUAUUCAUCUUCUCCAUCGCCAUCAUUAUAAUCUACACUUAGAUCACCUGUAUCAAGUGUUGCUGGGUCAAAGGCACUUGAGAUGGGAGACACAGCACUGAAUCCACGAAGACCGGACCAAAUUGCUUGGCCCUACCUGGGCACCUGAGGCCACCUCUUUGCUCAACCCAUGCCUCUUGCCCUCAGCUAACAAGACACUCCCAGAGGGAAGGGCUGCUGCUUUGGGAAUCAACCUGAGUUCCUCCCUACUGGGGAGCUGGGUUGGCAAGAUACUAGGACACUUUCCUGCAUGGACAUCACUUCUGUGACAAAUGCUCACCUGCUUCUCAUCUUCAGACUCAGUAAUACCAAGCCCGUCCUGGACCAUGACCAAGGUGGCUUGUAUCUCUGGUUUUGAGGAACCUAUUAUUAAUUGGGGACGAACAGACUCUUUGGUAGCCGCGGACACCCAGACACGUGUGGCCCAUCAAGUUCAGCCAAGGUUUCAGUGGGAGCAUCCACGGCAGGAGACUUUGGGUUCUUCACGCUCUGGACAAAAAGGAAGGGCGUAUUGUGUGUUGGUGACCCGGUCCAUGCUUUUGUAGCUGUCACAGCCAGGAAGCAGUUCUUCCUUAAGAUCAACCACAAUCUUCAUCCACAUUCCUUAAAUGGUCAAUCUUUCCCCCUGGAGGCCUGUCUCAGAAAUCCUUUGAGCCUCCUUAGGUUACCCAGGAGCAGGGAUCUCAGGCAGGUGACAUCAAAACCACCCAGCCCUACCCCCAGGAAGUGACAUUCCAAUGCUAGGACCAACGACAAGUAUCUGCCCCCCAUGGCGAAAUGGGAAUAAACCAAAUGAUUUCUCAUUACGUCCACUGUCUCUGGAGUUCUCCCAAGCCACCAUCUUGGUAGAAAAUGGGUCUUAUUCCCCCAGGGGCUCCACCCUCCUCAGAAAGAGACCCUGACCCUGACAGGUUUUCCUAAAACCCAGUGUAUUAACGUGUCUAGCCAACUCAGUCUAUAAAAUUCAGUCUUGUGUUGGCAGCUUGCAACUUCACCAGAAAGGUGAUAUUGGAUGAGAGUUACAAGGCCUCAAACUCUUGAGGGUUGACCACAGGCUGAGGAAGAAGGCCUGAAUCCCAGUGGGUAGGCCAGCCCGGACACAAUCCCCAUCCAUCCCUGUAAAUAGAUUCCAUAGCAAAAUAAAAGAUGUUUCCCCCAACUUAUCACAAGUAGCUGUUGGUCCUACCUAUGGGGCCCCUCUUCUGAACUCAUUGUACAUUAGUUGGAAAUGUGAUGUGCUAUUUGUUUAUAGGAAGUUGACAUAUA